AAGUCCCAAAAGUACCAACUUCAUCCCUCUAUGUCUCACAGGUAAAAUUCUCACAUACUUCGAAGUGGUACCUUCCCAGCUUCGAACUUUCACCACUCCAAUCCUAGCGUUGUUGUUUUUUAGUGACAACACAAACAGAAGUACCUAAUUCGGACACUAAUACUAAGUUGCAUUCAAUGCACGUUGCCGGCUGCUUUUUGGAAACUGGAAUAAAUAUCAUUUGGCACUGUCCGCCGCAGUGAGCCCUGUGGAUCAAAUUCUAACUUGGGUCUUUUUCAAGAAACAGACUCUUGCUUUGAUCUACUUAUUUCAAGUCGGAAUGACAAGUGGCCAGAUCAAGAAGAAGGUCUCAGCUGCAUCUGCCAGAGCUCAUACUAGAGCUAACAGAGCCAGAUCCAGUUCGUUUCCAGCAAUGAUUGCACCUAUAGCAGUAGCUUUGACAGUAGGUCUUAUGGGAUGGGCUUAUCAGGCAUUAAAGCCACCCCCGCCAAAGAUAUGUGGCUCAGCAGAUGGGCCUCCUGUCACUUCUCCUAGAAUUAAGCUCAUAGAUGGGAGGCAUUUGGCUUACAGGGAAGCUGGAGUUCCCAAGGAAGAGGCUAAGUACAAAAUUGUUGUCAUGCAUGGCUUUGACAGCUCCAAAGAUCUGAAUUUACCUGCCCCUCAAGAACUUAUAGAGGAACUCGAGAUCUAUUUCCUCUUCUUCGACAGAGCAGGUUAUGGAGACAGUGACCCAAAUCCAUCACGCUCAGUGAAGAGUGAAGCAUAUGAUGUUCAAGAACUAGCUGACAAGUUGCAGAUUGGUUCUAAGUUUUAUGUGAUUGGGAUCUCCAUGGGAGCCUACCCUGUUUACAGUUGCUUAAAAUACAUACCUCAUAGAUUGGCUGGCGCUUCCCUGGUAGUUCCAUUUGUCCACUACUGGUGGCCUUGUCUUCCGGCCAAUUUAUCAAGCAGGGCAUUUGACAGGUUGCUUGCACAGGACCAAUGGUCCUUUCGAGUUGCUCAUUACACCCCUUGGUUAUUCUACUGGUGGAUGACCCAGAAAUGGUUCCCUUCAUUGAGCAUUGUGGCUGGUAACAUGGCAAUUUUUAGCCAAAGUGAUUUGGAGAUAUUGAAGAAGUGGUCAGAAGCUCCAAGUGUUGGUCAGGAAAAGAUUCGACAGCAAGGUGUUCAUGAAUCUCUGUAUCGAGAUAUAAUGGUCAGUUAUGGAAAAUGGGAAUUUGAUCCCAUGGAUCUAGUUAAUCCUUUCCCUGACAAUGAGGGCUCUGUCCAUAUUUGGCAAGGUUAUGAGGACAGAAUCAUUCCAUUUCAAGUAAAUCGUUAUCUCUCAGAAAAGCUUCCUUGGAUUCAUUAUCAUGAGGUUCCUGAUGCUGGACACUUACUGAUUUUUGAGAGCAAAAACUGUGAAGCUGUUUUACGGGCUCUUUUGCACAGAUAAGACCCCAACUCUUCAUAGUAA